UGACCAGUCCAUGGUCGAAGCCGUAAGAUCAAGCCAAUAGUGACCGUGCGGUGCCUACGGGAACACGUUUCGGUUCGUCAGUUUCGUUUGCGGGUACGUUCCCUAAUACAGUAGUACGUGGAUAUAAAAGGAGAAAAAGAGAAGUAGUACAAAGGGAGUCUCCAUCUUUGUUUAUUCAGUCGAGUAGUUGUCUAGCUAGGUCGAGUGGAAAGGAAAUAACGAAAGGGGACGAAGAAGAAGAAGAAGAAAAGAAGAGAAGGAAGGGUCUUUUGGUCAUCGUUGUCUCAUAGUCUACUACACUUACUUAUUAUAUACUACUGUCUAUUUAUUCGAUCGCUAAGUAUAUCAAGAAGAUAAAGGAAAACUGCAACUCUUCUUCAGCAAUACCAGUAUUCAGCGGCGAGAAUCGCGUAGCAGGACUAGCAAAGAAGAGGAAAGUUGGCGAGGCGGGCGAAGCGAGGCGAGGGGAGGGGAAGGGAGAGGAAGCUACUCUUCGAGGAAGACUUUGGGAGAGCGAGCAAGCGGCUCAUUUUUCGAAGGAGACCAGUUGUCAUCGUGGGUGAGGAAACGUGGCGAGGAACGCCAUGCCGGCAGGUAUUGGCGCUUCGUACAGGUCCUUAGGCGACCUGGGCGAAGACGUUUACAAAAGCACGACGAUCGUCGACCAGACCCAGAGCACCGGCCAAAGCGUUCUCGAGAGCGUCAAGAAGGCUUUCAGCUUCGCUUCCCCUAAAGUGGAGAUCAGGAAAAAGGAUCCAUUGAUCGAGGAUCGACGAGAGAGCGUAUCGAUCGUAUCAAGUUCGAGCAAUGGGACUUUGGCUAUUACGGAUGGUCGGAGUUUAGGACCGGAAGUUGCUACCGCGACUAUUGAUCGACCUCAACUAGAAAAGCAGGCCACGAGGGACAGAAACAAGAUGCCGACCGCCGCCACAGCCGAGAAAACUGCACUUUUGGGCACGAUGCCUUCGUGCAUGCGAGAUAGUAUGGACGAUAUCGAGCUGAAGAAUAUUCAGUUACAAUUUCCGGCGCUGAGGUAUUUGUCGAGAGACGAUAGUUCUGUACGAGAGGAAAGAGUAGAACUGGACAAAGGUAGUCUGCUUGUUGCCGUACAAGGAAACCAGUCGAAACCAGCGAUUCUUACUUAUCACGAUUUAGGCCUUAAUUAUAUCUCGAGCUUCCAGGCGUUCUUCAAUUACAUCGAUAUGCGUGUUCUCCUUGAAAAUUUUUGCGUCUAUCACGUCAAUGCCCCUGGUCAAGAAGAAAAUGCCCCGGCGUUUCCGGAGGAUUACAUUUAUCCGUCCAUGGAGGAAUUAGCAGAACAGCUGCUUUUUGUUCUUGGUCAUUUUGGCUUAAGAUCUGUCAUUGGUUUUGGAGUUGGUGCGGGUGCCAAUAUAUUGGCUAGAUUUGCACUUGCACAUCCAGAAAAGGUCAAUGCACUGUGCCUGAUCAAUUGCGUAUCUACGCAAGCAGGAUGGAUCGAAUGGGGUUACCAGAAGCUCAACGUUCGUCAUCUGAGGUCACAAGGAAUGACGCAAAGCGUCCUUGAUUAUCUGAUGUGGCAUCAUUUUGGCAGGGGUACGGAAGAAAGAAACCACGAUCUCGUUCAAGUGUACAGGAAUUAUUUCGGACAUCGCGUUAAUCCGAUAAAUCUAGCAUUGUUCAUCGACAGUUAUCUGCGACGUACUGAUUUGAACAUCACCAGAGAACUGGAUCCUACACGCAAGAAGGAAGGUCUUACGCUUAGCGUACCAGUCAUGAACAUCACGGGUGCUCUGAGUCCGCACGUGGACGAUACGGUCACGUUAAAUGGACGGUUAGAUCCAACGAACAGCACCUGGAUGAAGAUCUCCGAUUGCGGUAUGGUCCUCGAGGAACAACCGGGCAAAGUAAGCGAGGCAUUUCGACUGUUUCUUCAAGGCGAAGGAUAUGUGGCCCCACUUUCGCCAUUGAAGAUGGCCGACUAUAGAUUGGCUUCUCUGGAAGGACUGAAUCAUGUUUGCAGCAAGAAAAUCGAUUGGCCUACAGCGACUAUACACAUCACUGAGAAUCCUAUAUCGGAAGCGGUUGUUUGUUAAAUGUUUCUCGAUGAAUCUCAACCACCAACACCACCACCACCAACCCCCUAUUGAAUUUUUCUUUAAUUAUAAGACUUACCUAAUCUAUACGAUAGAUCAGACGACACGACGACUAGA